AUGGCAGAACUGAGACAUCCCAGCGAUGCAACCAUCGACUCCAACGGGCCUGGUGCAAAAGAGGCCAAUUCUUCUGCCUUUGAGACAAACCACCUAGGACAAAGCUCAACAGCGUCAACGACGCCAGGCCCGUUGAUCCUCAACGAGGCAAAUGCUAUCGAGCACACGGCCUACCAAUGGUCGUCUCACAAGAAGUGGGCCGUGCUCACCGUCGUGGCCUUGUGCCAGACGAGCAUGAAUUAUAACGCGGCCGUGUACUCGAACGCGAUCGGCCCUCUCAACGAGGAGUACAACCUCGGUGAGAACCACUUCACCAACGCCAGAGCCGGCAUGGCCUGGUUUCUGAUCUUAUACGGUAUCGGAUGCGAGCUGUGGGCGCCGUGGUCGGAGGAGUUUGGCCGCUUUUGGGUGAUGCAGAUUUCGCUCGGCGCUGUCAAUCUCUGGCAGAUCCUUGCUGGUGCCAGCACCAGUUGGUCUAUGGUUCUCGCUGCUCGUCUCCUUGGUGGUCUUUGUUCUGCGGGUGGCUCUGUUACGCUGGGUAUGGUUGCUGAUAUGUUUGACACUGAGGACCAGCAGUUCGCCGUACUUUGGGCAAGUCUUUGGUCUUGUCUUGGAUCUGUCAUUGGCGGCAUCUGUGGUGGUCCCAUCGAGCAGUACCUCGACUGGCGACUCAACUUCUGGAUCCAGCUUGCUUUCGGCGCCACCGUCCAGCUGAUCCACUUCUUUUGCGUUCCAGAAACUCGCUCCACCAUCAUGCUAAACCGGCAGGCGAAGCAAAUCCGCAAGGCAGACCCCAGCGUCAAUGUCAGAGGGCCUACCGAGGACGAAAGAAUCAAGGGUAAGGAGAUUGCCGUCAUCAUGUUCCGCCCGUACAAGAUGCUCAUCACCGAGCCUAUCGUCGGCUUCUUGUCCCUGCUCUCUGGCUUUGCCGACGCGCUCAUCUUCAGCUUUCUUGAGUCAUACAGCUACGUCUUCAAGGACGGUUGGGGUUUCACUCCCAGCCAGCUCAGUUUCGCUCUCUUCGCCCUCUUCAUCGGGUACUGGUGCGCUUGGGGCGUGUAUCUACCCGUUAUCAGGCGCCACAACCAGCAGCGCAAGAACGGUGCACAGCUCACGCCCGAAAGUCGCCUGUGGUUCCUGCAGUAUAUUGUCGUAGGUCUUCCGGUCGGUCUCUUGGGCUCUGCGCUCCUCGUUAGGGGACCGCCUCUACCGUGGAUCGGGCCUCUGAUCUUUGCCGUCCUCAUCGGAUGCUCGAACAUGGCCAUCUACUUUGGCACCAUUGACUACAUGGUCGCCGCGUACGGAGGCAAGUACUCUGCGUCUGCCACGGGUGGCAACGGCUUCUCUCGCGACGUGCUUGCUGGUCUUUGCUCCUUCUAUACCGGCCCCAUGUACCGCGUGCUCGGUGUUACAAAUGCAACUUGGGUGUUGUUUGCGCUGUCGGUUGUGGUCUGCAUUCCGGUAUACGUGAUCUACAGGAAGGGGCCUCAGAUCAGGGCACGCAGCAAGUAUGCGAGGGAGGUUGAGGAAGAAAGACGAGAUAAUGCCGCCGCCCGGAAUGGCAUGACUGGACUAGAUUCGGGAAUGGUCCAGGCAUAA